GGGCUAUUUCCUUCAAAUAUUAGAAUAUAAAAGCGAAACAUUUGUUUUUCCAGUGACCUCCAACAGAGUUUGCAACACAUGGGUUUCGCACUUUGCUUACUGCUAUCAGUUUUCUUAUACCAAUCUCAGGCCUUUGAGGAAGCAACUGGUUAUGGACCAGAGCUCCAGUUGUGGACUCAGCAGUUGUUAGAAUCGGCAAAGGAAGCCGAGUUCUUUGAGUGGAUGAGAGGGAUCAGAAGACGAAUCCACCAGUACCCAGAACUUGGAUUUGAGGAGCACAUAACGAGUCAACUCAUCAGGUCGGAGCUUGACUCGCUUGGAGUCAAAUAUAAAUGGCCUGUUGCCAAAACUGGUGUGGUUGCUUCUAUUGGGACUGGGUCCAAACCAGUAUUUGCUCUCAGAGCUGACAUGGAUGCUCUUCCUUUGCAGGAAUUAGUAGAGUGGGAGUACAAGAGCAAGAUUGAUGGAAAGAUGCACGCAUGUGGUCAUGAUUCUCAUGUAGCAAUGCUACUUGGAGCGGCUAAGUUACUCCAGGCAAAAAAAGAUUCUCUCAAGGGAACCGUGAAGCUAGUUUUUCAGCCAGGAGAGGAGGGAUACGCUGGUGCUUACCAUAUGUUACAAGAUGGCGUUCUGGAUGACAUAGAUGGCAUCUUGAGCAUACAUGUUUUGCCAACAAUACCAACUGGUGUUAUUAAUUCAAGGUCUGGUCCAAUGCUUGCUGGAGUAGGGCUCUUCUCAGCUACCAUACAAGGGAAAGGUGGACAUGCAGCAAAUCCUCAUACCACUAAGGAUCCAAUUCUUGCAGCAGCCUUUUCAAUCCUUGCCCUCCAACAGAUUGUAUCUCGUGAGACAGAUCCUCUUGAAGCCAGUGUUGUGACAGUUGGAUAUAUAAACGGAGGACAAGCAAGUAAUGUGAUCCCGGAAUCUCUGGAGCUUGGAGGAACUUAUAGGAGCUUGUCUCCUGAAGGUCUUUAUUUCCUACAGAAAAGAAUCAAAGAGAUCAUAGAGCAACAAGCUGCAGUUCAUCGUUGUAAUGCCGUGGUGGACUUCAUGGAGGACAGACCUUUCCCUCAUCCUGUAAUGAUUAAUGAUGAAGCACUGUAUGAACACGUGAAGAAAGUGGGAUCGGUCCUACUCGGGGAACAUAAUGUGCAGAUUAUGCCAUUAACCAUGGGAGCUGAGGAUUUUAGUUUCUUCACACAGAAAGCUGCUGCUGCAAUUUUUGGGAUAGGGAUAAGGAAUGAGACUCUCAAAUCACAUCACCACCUGCACUCACCACAUUUCUUUAUCGAUGAGGAAGCUCUUCCUAUAGGAGCAGCACUUCAUGCUGCUACCUCAAUCUCGUACCUGGAUAACCAUGCCCUUAAGACUGCAUAGAAUCAUGGGUGUGAGAGGACAUUUGCAAAAAAGGUUGAAGAAAAUCAUUGUAGAUUUUAAUAAUAUGAUAAAUAAUAAUAGUACUCACUAGGGGUAUGGCAAGUUCUAUAUA